AUGCCACGGCUACCCGACCACGAAGACGACGUCGUCACUCGCGUCCAAGAUCGCGUCAAAAAUGCCUGGGACGGAUUCUGGGACUUUGCUCUUCGCGAUAACGUGCUCGAAGUUGCUAUCGGUUUAAUCAUAGCAGCAGCAUUCACUAAGGUAGUGAAUUCGUUCGUAUCCGAUCUAUUCUUACCAAUUAUAAGUCUGCUGCCGUUCCUAAACCGCAAUUUAGAGGAUAAAUUCGCAGUUCUGAGGAAAGGGAAGCAUUAUUCUGACUGGGGUCCUGGUGGGUAUAAUACGCUUGAACAGGCACGGGAUGACGGUGCGCUUGUUAUGGCUUAUGGAGCAUUCCUGGAUAAAUUCAUCAAUUUUGUCGGUAUAGGUCUAACGCUCUAUACUGUGGGACAAGUGUAUACCUGGUUUUCCGAUGAUGUGGUUAUUAAACGGACUGUGAAAUGCAGGUAUUGCAGGAAGUGGAUCAGCUCGAAGUUGGCAGGAUGGGAGAGAGGAUCACAUACGCAGUUAGGUAACUUCGGAGCCGAGGUCGAAUUCGGUAUAUACAAGGAGCAAUUACUCGGAAAGGCAGCACACGCCGUGGUUACAACGUCUAUGCGCGGGAUAAAGGAAGGCUUCAGAUGCCCACAAGCGCUAGCACAGACCAAUAACGCAAAGAACUUGUACAACUCUCCCUUAAGAAGGUCGAAAAGAAGGCGCGUUGUACAGGACCGCAAAACGGGGCCCGGCCUGAUAUCCGCGGAAUGUGGAAUGCUGUCAACUUCCAAUGUGGAUGUUAGAGCAAAGGGAUCGUUUCGCUUGGAGGAGACUUCAUUCUUAUUCAACCUGCUUGCUGAGAGGAAUUUCCCAAUCAAGAUAUAG